AUGAAACUCACCCUCUCUCUCGCCCUUGUCGGUGCCAUUCUCACGCCCGUCCUCGCAGCCAACAAUACCCUGACCGUCACCGUCACCGAAACAGUCAUUACCUGCAGCGGACACUGUGUCACCACGUACUUCGGCGCCUGCACUUCCACCACCGCCCUCAGCAGCAGUGCCGCUCCAGAAUACACCAGCUCCACCAGCGCCGCCUUGUCCCCCAGCACCUCCUCCUCCGCGCCGUACUGCACGGAGCCAUACGGCUGCGGCGGUGUCAAGCAUCCCUCGUCGUCGUCUACUAGCAUCCCGCCCACCACGACCAGCGCCACGUAUACACGCAGCACCACCUGCACGCGCCACCGCACGCCCAGCGGGCCGUCCUCCGGCACCGUCAGCUACCCCGUGUCCAACUCGACUUCGUCCGCCACCGGUACCGGUACCGGCACUGGCUAUCCCACAGCCACCGGCGGACGCGGAAGCACCCGGUCCUCGAGCCGCACCGCUCCGAGCUCCGACAGCAGCAGCUCGCCGUCGGUGCCGACCUACACACUGAGUAGCUCGGCGGGGUCCUCGUCGGACACUGAGACGAGCACAAUCGUGCCGACGUCGACCAUUACACCGUCGUACACCUCAAGUGCAGACCCCAUUGGCACCAGCUCCUCCUCCUCUUCCACUCACAGUUCAUCCCCUUCGUCCUCACCUUCUUUCUCUUCCUCUUCAUCUUCCUUCUCUUCCUCCUCCCUGUCUUCUACUUACAUCUCAUCCUCCACUUCCAUCUCGUCUUUCAGUACAACGGUUGACGUUCCGAAACCAACAACCUGGGUGACAAGCAGCCGCAAGCCUGUGUCCUCGAGCAACAGCAGCAGUCCCGAUCCGUUGCCUACGCCUCCCCCCUACGGCGAUGAGCCAUUGCCGUACAACUAA